AUGAGCAAAGUCCAGUCCUUUUUCGAACGUCGCAAGAAGAAUGCUAUCAAAGCCUCCUUCCACAUGGCUGCUGCGGUGGAAUUGACGGCAGAUUCCAAUUUAGCAGAGGAUGAACCUAUGGAGGAGGAAAAGAGCGAACAUGAGUUUAAUGAGAAUACGGAAUGGAAGGUUGAGGAACAUACGACAAUUGAGACGGUUCCCAUUGCGAGUGCAAUUGCACUGAAACUUGUCAAGAAUAACGAAUUGGGAGAGGCGACUGGGGACAAAAAUCGCUCAAAGGUUGCCUGGUCCAGGAAUAAUGUUGAGCCAGUUUUGGCGCAAAAGGCGGAACCAGAAAAGAAGAUAUGGGUUCCGUCGUUCAAAAAUCGCAUGAAUACUAGCAAUGAUGCUAAUCCUAAUCUAUUGGAAGCAAGCGCUAUGUUGGCCAAUAGAAAGAAGGAAACAUCCAACAAAAAGAAGGUUACCAAACUUACAACUGCAACAGAAGUGUUUGAUGACUCUAGUACUGACAAGCAGGUGGUUAAAGUUAAGUUUGAUGUAUUCGAGCUCCUAGGGCCACAUGCCCCCACGGCCAAGUUCAAGGCGCAUAAGGUCAGCCACCAGCUCGUGGCAGAUAAAUAUAAGGGCAGGCCUAUUAAUCAAUCUUGA